AUGGAUGGUCAGUCCAAGACACAACAAGAGAUCAACAAGAAAGUGAUGGAGCUGAAGCAACAUGUUGAUGGAGGAUACACUGAUCUUCAGACAAAGUUUGAAACUUUGAACUCUCAGUUCAAGUCAUUGGACAACCGCAUUGCUUAUGUUGCAUCCUCCUCUCAAAGAACACCGGGCACACUCCCAGGAAAAUGUGAAGCCAAUCCUAAGGAGACAUGUAAUGUCACCUUCUCUGAGGAUGAAGACUGUGAGGAACGCAUGGAAAAGAUCCCUGCAAGAAGAAGACUCUGA